CAGUUGAAACAGCUACCCAGGACAGUAGAAUUUGAUCACCUGAGGACAACCUCCUAUCACAACUAUUAUGCAUCCUUGACGUAACCAUUAUUACAAAACAAGAAUGUGGAUAAAUUGGAACAGGAAAAUGUACCACUUUGGCUGCACAUUUUUCCGAUUUCAAUUAAAAAAAAACACUGCAUUUUUUUAGUCGACUUGUACCACGGCUCUAAAAAGGGGGAGGCGCACGCCCCUGCGCCCAGGCUUAAAUCCGCCACACUCCUUAAAGAAGAGACAGUGCAACGCUUCUUCGCCAAAAAUCUACAGGGACACUUAUGACUUCCACCUCAUAGUUUUCAACAGUACUGCCUGCAUCCAGGUCAGAAAGUCUUCCUGGAGUGAGCGUAUACAGUACUGACGGUUGGCCAAGAUGAGCAGCAAUUACUACGAGGAACGAAUCGCUUUUUUGGGGGAGUGGGGACCUUUCCAGUGGACAGUGUUCCUGUUACUGAGCAUAAGCGCUAUCCCUAACGGGCAUGUGGGGCUCUCAAUGGUGUUCCUGGCGGAUACCCCGCCACAUCACUGUCGAUUGCCUGAAGGCGCCGAGGAGAUGCCCCUCAACAUGUCCUUGCCACUGGAACAGGUGAAUGAACAGAUCACCUUCAGCCGGUGCCAGAGGUAUAUAGGGGCGCCGGUGAAUGACACUUCUGAUCUGCAGACUGAGGGUUGUAUAGACGGAUGGGAAUACAGUAAAGAGCAGUAUUCAUCCACAAUAGUGAGUGAGUGGGACCUAGUGUGUCAGAAUGACUGGAAAGUACCACUAAGCACAUCUCUCUUUUUCCUUGGAGUAUUGAUUGGUUCCUUUAUCUCAGGACAAAUUUCAGACAGUGCUGUGGCACAGAAGGAUGUAGAUCUGACUGUGACCAUGAUGACCAUGCUUCAGUUAGUGGCCGCAGCACUGGAGUAG